AUGGCUAACAAGAUGAAAAUUGCAUAUGCAAUGUAUGACAGGAUUGACAUUUUAUCAAAAUAUAAUAUAGGUACAAGGAAUAUAUUGAGCCAAUCUGAUGGUCAGCAAUUUACAUAUAUAGAUUAUAAUACAAGCUGCAUUCAGGUUGGUGAUGGUAAAAAUCCAUGCAUUUCGGCAACAUUAACAGGAACUUUUGAAGUUCCACCGCAAGUUAAUUCAAAGGAUGUAGUCUCAAUCGGUGAUUAUGCGUUCAAAAACAGCAAAAUUAGUAAUAUUAAACUCCCUGAUACUAUUCUAUAUAUUGGAAGUUAUGCAUUCCUAGGUUCUAAUAUAACAGAAUUCAUUUGCCCAAAAAAUGUAAUUCAAAUUAAAGACCAAGCUUUUGCAUGGUGCGAAUGCAGAUUUGCUGAUUUUAGCCAAGCAAAAUUGCUGAGUUUUAUUGGUUCUUAUCAUUUUAGCGGAUCUAAUAUUACUAGUAUUUUAUUACCAGAUUCUUUGCAUACUAUUUCUGUCCAUAUGUUUUUUUCAUCAAAACUUAAAAGUGUUACAAUUCCGAAGUCUUGUAAGGAAAUUUUAAGCGGAGCAUUUAUCUGUUGCGCUUAUUUAGAAACAUUUAAAUCCGAGAGCCCAGAUUUUUGCGUUCAUAAUAACAUUCUCUACAGUAAAGAUUACAAAACUUUAGUUGCUUAUCCUAGUAAUUGUUACAUUGACAUUCUUCCUACAGUUAAGUAUGUUUCAAGCGCAAGAGGUUUUUCUGGUUCUUCUCUUAUCAAUUUUACAUUAAAUGUUAAAAUCAUUUCAUUUUCAAGUCAUUCAUUUCGAUAUUGCCCAUAUCUAGAAUAUGUUGACAUAAGCUGCUCAAAAGCAGUUUCUAUUGAAAACGCCAUAUUUCAUGAUUCCAAUAAAUUGAAAACUUUGAUUUUGCCUCCUUUAUUAACAAAUAUUGGUGUUUAUGCUUUCUGUUAUACAAAUAUAACAGAAUUAGUUAUCCCUCCGGGAGUACGCACUAUAGCAUCAAGUGCAUUUGAUGAUACAAAUAUUACCGACAUUUUUUAUUGUGGAACUAAUACUUUUGACACUAUUUCCUUUGAUAGAAAUAACGUUAAUGUACAUGUUUCAGACUCUUUCCCAAAAAGUUCCACAAAAUUUUUAGGUUGUGAAAUUGUCGACAGAACUUAUACAUGCCAAGAUUAUAUCUGUAGUAAUUUCGUAGAUCAAUCAUUUAUGGAUUGCCCUACAAUGAAUUUAUGCUUCUAUAAUCACUUUUAUUUUAAUAUUUUAUAA